CUCUUCGAGAUCGACUGCUGGGGCUUUAUUCUCGAAAAAUUGCGCAAGUUUCGUUGAGAUUUGAUGAGUUCACGAACGCCGUGACACGACGAGAUUCGGAGAUUCUUAACCUAACCUAACCUGUUUCUAAAUUCUACAUUACACUUUCGUCAAUUACCAACGCGUCGUCGUUCCCGAGUCGUUUUGACGCGCUUUCUUGUCUUGUGUGAUUCCCGUUGUGAUAUCAAGGCGACAAAAUGAGUUUUGGUUUGCCGUCAAUCAUCCCCAAGCCUGCUGUACCCGAGCAAUUUGACAUUAAGAAUGGAACCAACUACGGCGUACCCAAUCCGAUGGUGUCGGGCCUGUCAGCAACCCGACAGAGCGUUGGUUACGCACAUCCCUUGGAAGCAUCAGAGAGAAAUUAUCAAAAAAAUCAAGAUCGCAUGGAUAUGAUAUUGCUUAGAAAUACGCAAGGGUUGCAUGCACCAUUGCGCCUAGCGAUGGAAUUGAAGGCCACUGAGAAGGUUGGAAGACUUCCAUUUUUAUCAUCGUCUAAUGUGAUGCGAGAAGUUUUGCUUGGGCGAGACCAAGAUAUAGGAUUUGAAGAUAUUUUCAAUACAUCCGAAUUCAGAGAACAGAUGGGACAGCCACAUGCCGUCACAGAAAAUCACCUUGGAAUAUUGUAAAGUAUAAGCUUGCAAAAAUUUCGUCUUAAUAAAAAUAAAAAAUUUAUAUAGACUUAUUAAA